GGUGAGAAUCUCUUCGUUUUAUCCGCAUCCAACACGCUUAGUCGGGAGGGAAUAAUCAGAGAGGCUUGAUGUGCACUCUGCUCUGCCGAAGGAGGCGUUUAAAAAAAGACAACAACAACACGUUGAUCUUCUGGACGAGCUGAACGGCGAAAAGGAGACAAGAGAGGAUUAAAAAACAGCAACAGCAACAACAACAACAACAACAUCCAAACACUUUUCUGUCCGAUUUGUUCCUCGUUUCUUCGUCCGGCCGCCAGCAUGAUGUCGUAUCUGAAGCAGCCGCCGUACACGGUGAACGGACUGAGCUUAUCUAACUCGGGAGUGGACCUGCUGCAUCCCUCCGUGGGCUACCACGGAACCCCUCGCAAACAGAGGAGAGAGAGGACGACCUUCACCCGGGCCCAGCUCGACCUGCUGGAGAGUCUGUUCAACAAGACGCGGUACCCGGACAUCUUCAUGAGAGAGGAGAUGGCCCUGAAGAUCAACCUGCCUGAAUCCAGAGUCCAGGUGUGGUUCAAGAACCGACGGGCCAAACACCGCCAGCAGGCCCAGCAAACCCAAAGCGGCGCGCAGAACAAGGCGGUCAGCAAGCCGGUGAAAAAGAAGAGCUCUCCGGCCAGAGAGGUCAGCUCGGAGAGCGGAGCCAGCGGGCAGUUCACGCCGCCCCCGAGCACCGCGCUCCCGGCGGCCGCGAGCAGCAGCGCGGCACCGGUGUCCAUCUGGAGCCCGGCCUCCAUCUCCCCGCUCUCCGACCCGCUGUCUACCUCCUCCUCCUGCAUGCAGCGCUCUUAUCCCAUGACCUACAGCCAGGCGUCGGGCUACAACCAGGGCUACACGGGCUCCUCGUCCUACUUCACCGGGAUGGACUGCGGCUCCUACCUUUCGCCUAUGCACCACCAGCUCUCCGCCGCGGGCUCCGCCAUGAGCCCCAUGGGGGGCAACGGGGUCUCCGGCCACCUGAGCAACGCGUCGUCCCUCUCCUCCUCGUCGGCGUACGGCGCGGCGGGGCUGGGCUUCAGCAGCGCCGCGGAGUGCCUGGACUACAAGGACCAAACGGCCUCCUCGUGGAAGCUCAAUUUCAACGCGGACUGUUUGGAUUACAAAGACCAGGCGGCGUGGAAGUUCCAAGUGUUGUGAGGGGAGAGAAAUGGAAAUUGGAAACAACAACAAAAAUAAAUAAAAAAUAAUGGACAACCUACCUACCCCCCCUCCACCACCACCCCCCCCCCCUCUCCGUCCCCCCAAGCUGCGGGCAAAUAAAUAAAAAAAACACAAGUUUGGGGAGCAGCAAGUGCGGCGUUUUCUCCCUCCUCCCCCCCCCGCCUCCUCCGCCUCCCCUUCCCUCCCCCAACACUUCGGGCCCCAUCUUCUACCUCGGGCAGAGCGGAGCAGGACUGCCAGCCGGUUGUCUCACUUGUUGGGUUUAACUUAUUGAACAUUCAGACUGACUUCUUCCCAACUUUGAUCAAGGACACGGAACAAAUGUGUUGACCAAAAGGAGGGGAAAAAAGGAUCAAAAGAGCGAACGAUCCAUUAAGCCUAACUUGGUUGAGUGUGAGGAAUAGGUCAGGGUUUUUUUUUUUUCUAAGCUCCUUAAAGACUCCCUACUCUUGUCUUUUUAUUUUGUUGGCACGCUGAAGGGCCCCUUUGAUCAAAGUGUUGCGCAUGAGUGUGUGUGUGUGUGUGUGUGUGUGUGUGAGAGAGAGAGAGAGAGAGAGUGAGAGAGAGAGAGCAGCUCUGACAUGAACCUGGAUGCACUAUUAAUUUAUGAUAAAUGUUUAAAACUAGUUAUAAGAGACAAUCAGUCUGUCGGCGUGUGAGCAUAAAAGGUCACUUGAGUGUUUUUUUUAAUUAUUCCCCCCCCCCCAUGUGUUAGAUAUGUUUUUUUUUUUUUUAAAGUGUGAUUCUUUGUACCACAUGUAUGCAAUUCUUUGCUUCUUCGCACCACAAACCCGAGGAUUUGGAUAGAUCUAUUUUCCUGUUCUCGAGUGCUGAAACUGAUAACUUAUUAUGAGGACAUGUUAGUUGAAUGAAAGAAGGCAGAGUGAAUCAAGCCAGCGGCGAGCGAGGCCCACUUGAGCUGUAAAGGCCCCAAACACACUAAAUAACAAUAAAGAUCACAUGACCUGACCCGACACUGUGGCUGCAUGUGUAAAUCCAUCUAAAUCUCCUGUUUUUCUUCAUGUGUUCACCCCUUGUUUCUGCACCACACACACGGAAACGAGGAAGGAUGGGAUCCAUCCACACGUUUACCAAGUUCUACUCUUCUUUAUUUGCCAUAAAUCUUAAACGUUUAGAGUAUUGUUAAAUUGAAUCCCAAUGAUCACCAACGUGA